CACGCGCGCAGCUCGAUAGCUGUCGUGCUUCAUCCAGCUCCUCUUUCCUCGACUCUCUUCCUCUUUCUUCCUCAUCUCUCUCAUCCAUCUCAUCAACACUCAUCCGUCUGUAGACCAGCUUCUACAGCACAUCCAACAUGAAGGGCUUUCUCGGCCUGUCGGCGGCCGCCGUGGUCGCCGCGUCACCAGUCGUCGUCGACAGCAUCCACAACGAUGCAGCUCCCAUCAUCAGCUCCACCAACGCGAAGGAGAUCCCCAACAGCUACAUGAUCAAGUUCAAGAAGCAUGUCACCACCAACCUCGCCGCCGACCACCACGACUGGGUGCAAGACCUGCACCUCUCGACGCAAUCGGCCAAGACCGAGCUCCGCAAGCGCUCGCAGACACCAAUGGUGGACGAGAUCUUCCACGGUCUCAAGCACACAUACAACAUUGCAGGCAGCCUGCUGGGAUACUCGGGUCACUUCGACGAGGAGACCAUUGAGCAGAUUCGCCGACACCCAGAUGUCGAGUUGGUUGAGAGAGACCAAGAAGUCCACACUCUGGGCGGCGAGCCUGAGGAGAUCGAGAAGAACGCUCCAUGGGGCCUUGCCCGUAUCUCGCACCGAGAUAGCUUAUCAUUCGGUACCUUCAACAAGUACCUCUACGCCGACCACGGCGGUGAGGGCGUUGAUGUUUACGUUAUCGACACUGGCACCAACGUUGACCACGUCGAUUUUGAAGGUCGUGCAUCUUGGGGCAAGACCAUCCCAUCUGGUGAUGCGGACGAGGAUGGAAACGGCCACGGAACUCACUGCUCCGGUACAGUCGCCGGCAAGAAGUACGGUGUCGCCAAGAAGGCCCAUGUCAAGGCCGUCAAGGUGCUCCGCUCGAACGGUUCCGGCUCCAUGUCCGAUGUUGUCAAGGGCGUCGAGUACGCCGCCGAAUCGCACUCUGAGCAGGUCUCGAUCGCGAAGAAGGGCAAGAGAAAGGGCUUCAAGGGCUCUACCGCCAACAUGAGCUUGGGUGGUGGCAAGUCUCCUCUCCUCGACCAGGCUGUCAACGCCGCUGUUGAUGCUGGUAUCCACUUUGCUGUCGCUGCUGGCAACGACAACGCCGACUCUUGCAACUACUCUCCCGCCGCCGCUGAGAACGCCGUCACUGUUGGUGCCUCGACUCUCGCUGACGAGCGCGCUUACUUCUCCAACUAUGGCAAGUGCAACGACAUCUUUGCCCCAGGUCUUAACAUCCAGUCUACCUGGAUCGGCAGCAAGCACGCCAUCAACACCAUCUCCGGUACCUCGAUGGCCUCUCCUCACAUUGCUGGUCUCCUCGCCUACCUGCUCUCUCUUCAGCCAGCGAAGGACUCUGCCUACGCUGUGGCCGACAUUACGCCAAAGAAGCUCAAGGCCAACCUCCUCUCUAUCGCCACCGAGGACGCCCUUUCCGACGUCCCAAGCAACACCAAGAACAUCCUCGCCUGGAACGGCGGUGGUAUCUCCAACUACAGCGACAUUGUCGAGCAGGGAAGCUACAAGGUCCACCGCGUCGAGGAGACCAUCUCCGAGAAGGCCUCCGACUUGUCGGAGAAGAUGGCCGAGCUCGAGCACAAGAUUGAGGCUGACAUCAAGGACUUCCUCCGCGAUAUCAAGAGCCAUUAAACGUCGCUAUGGCGAUGCAGCACGAUGAAGACGGCGGCACAGUACCCCGCCCCUGUACACUCGAAUGAUGUUUCCCGAAGAAGUCUUGUUGAAUUGCUCGACUCUUGAGGAAGUGGACAACCCAUACUGGAAUUUGCAUAGACGAAGAAUGGAAGAGAUUUGUAUGGAUGUGACGGGGGAUCCGAAUCGGCUGAGAUGAUGGCGGGCUACUGGCAUGGUAGGCACGUCGGAUAUUUGAUCAGGUCUUAUACUUGUUGUCUCUUGUGUGGACUUGCAUAAGAUAUGGCGGACAGAACAGUUCAGCUAGCCAUAUAACAAUGUCACGAACCUUGAAACGA